GAAAAAGAAAGCUCGAGCGCACCGCUGACGUCGAAACCUCACUGGCGUCUCGAGGUCCCACUGAUGGACGGGUCUCCACCCUCGGCUGCGGCGACAAGCCUCAAUGCAGCAGCUGCUGCUGCCUCGUCGGCGCUGCUGGAGAGGCAAGGGGCCAGCGCUGGGGUGACGCGGAAUCCGUUGGCUAGCCUUCUCGAUGGCCUUCGUCAGGUCGUCGUCGCAACCUUGCACCUUGUUGCUGCCUUGGUCCGCUUCUCCUCCGUCACCGUGCCUUCGCUCAUCUACACUGUGCUUCACUACUCCUUUACUCUCCAGCUCAACUUCCCCUCGCUCUUUCUCCUCUUUGUUGUCUCGCUCAUUGCCGGCUUCGUCUGGCUCAGGUACAGAUAUCUGAAUCGGUACGAGCGACUUCGAGAGGUUCCUCUGACGCGAGAUGAGAACUUCAACCUCCAUCCCGAUGUGGCAGCGUCGGGCGAAGAUGCAGAGAGGAGCAAUUUUCACAACUACCUCGACGAGUUUCUCCAAGCGAUUCGCAUCUUUGGGUUCCUCGAGAAGCCAGUCUUUCACGAGCUUGCCCGCCACUUGCAGACGCGCAGGCUCGUCGCUGGCGACAGCAUCUCUCUCGAUGCCGACUUUUCCUUCUACAUUGUCAUUGAUGGCCAUGUCCAGGUGUAUGCGCCCCUGCCCACGGGUCCCGAUGGGAUGCCGAUGCACGCUGCCGGAGAGGAAGAAUCGCAGGAUGACGACGAGCCGAGUGGCUACCAGCUGCUCAACGAGGUCGAGAGCGGCGGGACGCUGAGCAGCCUCUUCACCAUCCUCAGUUUGUUUACCGAGGACGUCAAGCUGGGCUUUGGCGAUGAGGACCAGCAACAGCAGCAGCAGCAGCAGCAGCAGCAGCAGCAGCAACGGCAGCAGCCACCGGGACAGGCGCAUGGCUCCUCAUCGGCAGGAGGUCCUCUCAGGCAGAGGAACAGGGUCGGUCGCUCCGACGAGGGCCAUACCGCAGCCCUUCCCACACCGCCUCAGCGUCCAGGCUCGAGUCAGCUGCAGCUCGAUGCCGCCACGCUGCGCAACAUUCCCAGCUCUGUCGGGCCCAUGGGUGCCGUCGAGCGACUCUCCUCUGAUGGGUGGCACCACCAGCGUCUAGCCACCUCUUCUUCGACGGACGACGGCAACACGAUCCACCAGGAUGCGCCAGGGGAGUCGAGCGAGGACCAGCCGCGCUCGACGGGCCAGUCGCCUGCCCAAGUCGCACUUGCAGAGUCAGCAACCAACCCCUCGGUCGCCUCGCUCCUCGAUGCGGACACACCUCUGAGCGAGGUCCUUCCCCCCGCCCAGGCUGCGGCGCCCUUUCCUUACUUUUCGCCCUCGCACCAGCCGCAGUCGCAGGCGCAGGUGCAGUCGCAAGUGCAUACGCCCAACGGCCGGCCUCGCGGCUCCCUCUCGCCUCCGAUGCGCGGUCGGACUCAUUCGACGGCCACGACCUUCGACGGCCGGCCCAACACGCCUGGCUCGAUCCUCAGCAGCUUCUCGGCGACGCCCGCGGGCGGCCGAGGCGCGGGAGUAGGUGCCGGGGGCGUAGGCGCGGGCAUGUAUGCAGGAGCAGGGGGCAGAGCGGGCUCCACGACUGCAGGCGGCCGGCCGAGCGACACGCUGCAUCGCGAGGGCGUCGGCACCGUGGGACGGGCCACUGUCGACACGACGCUGGCCGUGAUACCGGCAGAGGCGUUCAAGCGACUGACGAAAAAGUACCCAAAUGCAGCGGCGCACAUUGUCCAGGUCAUCCUCACCCGCUUGUCGCGCGUCACCUUUCACACGGCCCACAAGUACCUCGGCCUGACAAAGGAGGUCAUGAGGACCGAGAAGCACAUCAACGAGCUCGCCUGCUUUCCGCUACCCUCGGCCUUUUACGAGCAGGGAGGCAUGGAGAGAUUGAGGCAGCGGUUCCUGCCUGAGCCGGCCAAGGCAAAGUCACCCUCACUGAGACCUCCUCAGCCUCACUCUCAGCAGCAGCAGCAGCAGCAGCAGCAUCAGCAUCAGCGGUCGACAGAAGCGAAUGGCUACUUUGGUCCAUCGCCAGGGACCCGUCAGUCAGACGCGCAGCACAAGCCGAGCUCCAACAAUCGAUCGUCCCUCUCUACGCCUUCGGCCGUCGAUCCCAGGGCAGCACCGGUCCAUCGACCCUCGACGCCCUGGGGCCAUCCAGACCUGCCAGUCCGGACGCCGUCGGCGAGGACAGCGGUUGGCCCGGGCGAUUUGCUGAGCAUGACGGGAAAUGACGAUACGCUGCAUCAUGCUAGGCCGGGCUCCCCCUUUUCGCGUCUCAUCUCCUCUCCGCCGCCACCAAUGAAUACGAUGCCCAGCUUCCUGGCGGGCAGCGCCUCGUCUCCGACGGGAGCAGCCGCGACGACCCAGUCGCAGCAUGCACACGACGAUGCCAAACACGUCUUUGGAAGCAUGGGCUCGCUGGGCGACUUUGAUGUCAAGGAGGCCGUCAUGCAAUGCAUCGCCAGGAGUAUUGGCCUGGUCCAGGCACCUCCCAGCCCGCUCAACAGCAUGCAGCAGAGCCCCUUUAUCCACCCCCAAGACAUGAACAGGGGUGGCGGCGGCGUCUUCAAGUCCGCGUUCAGCAACCUGAGCAUGCUUGAUGCAGCCAUGAUGAACAGCUUCAACGACGAUGCAGAGAGCAGCGUUACGGGGAGCGGCUUUGGCAGAGCAACCAAUGGCGGCGGCGGAGGUAUUGGCGGCGGGCUUGGCGGUGGAGCUGCCUCUUCCUACCUUGGUGCUGGUGGAGCGCUGGGGACCAGCAGUCUUGGACGAGCUGCGAUGGGCGCCAGCAGCGGUGCGCUUGGGGCAAAGGCAGGUGCAGAGGGCCUGGACAAUGACGUCGAAGUCCGCUUCUUCCCAGCCGGAAGCACCCUCGCCCGUGCUGGCGACUCCAAAGCGGGGCUCUUCUACGUCAUUGACGGCUUUCUCGACGUCGUCGUCCCGCCCGACGAUGAGGGCGGCACGCCGCGAAAAGGUCGCGGCCGGCAACCGUCCCGUGGUCGCGGCUCCGGCUUUGGGGGCCGAGGACGCGGUGGUCGAGGGCAAGCAAAGGAGGGCAGCGGACGCGGUGCAGGUUCAAAGGGCCCGCCAGCGUCUACUCGAGUCAAGGACUUUACCUCCCAUGGCCGUCAGCAGCAGCAGAGUCGCACAAACCAGGCAGAAGGCCCGCGACCGAACAGGCCAAGCCGAGGUGACUCAACGUCGGCGACCACGCCGGCCGUGGCGACGCCGGCAAAAUCCGCAUACAUUGGUAACGCCCUCGAUGGCACCUCUUCCACUACCUAUACAGCAACCCAAACCCAAAAUAAUACAAGAGACCGGCAGAAUCGAGAAGAAGAAGACGUGGAUGACUACGACGACGACGAGCUGAGUUACGGCGCAAGGGGACGCGGUACAGCUGCAGCAGGCACCCCUGAGCACAGCCAGUUCCACCAGCCCAAACCGCUCUUUACCGUCGGCAGGGGCGGCAUCGCUGGUUAUCUCUCGAGCCUGCUGGGCACGGCGAGCUACAUCGACAUCCGCGCAAAGACGGACACAUAUGUGGGCUUUCUCCCGGCACGGGCGCUUGAGCGCAUCAUGGAACGCCGUCCGAUUGUGCUCCUGACUCUGUGCAAGCGACUGCUCAGUCUCCUCUCGCCUCUCGUCAUCCACAUCGACUCUGCGCUCGACUGGCAGCAAGUCAAUGCAGGCCACGUCAUCUUUCGAGAGGGAGACGAAGCUGACAGCUUUUACAUUGUCAUCAAUGGCCGUCUUCGAGCCAUUGCCGAGCAUGAUGACAAUAACGGCGUCCAGGUCCUUGGCGAAUACGGCCAAGGUGACAGCGUGGGCGAGCUCGAUGUCAUCACACGCUCGCCUCGUCGCAAGACGCUCCACGCGAUCCGAGAUUCGGAGUUGGCCAAGAUGCCAAUGACGCUUUUCAAUGCCAUCUCGGUGCGGCACCCUGCGAUCACGAUUCAAAUGUCCCGCAUCAUUGCCAAGCGUGUCCGAGACGAAGUCAACGCCCAGGAAGGCGGCGGCUCAGGCCACAAUGCCUCUCCGGCCGACGGCGGCUCGUCGCUCCUUCGAGCUGCGCCUCCCGUUCCGGGCCUUCCGGAUCUGGGCCGCAACAACGUCAACCUGAAGACGGUGGCGAUUGUGCCCGUGACGCGCGAGGUGCCCAUCGUCGAGUUUGCCGAGCGGCUGCAGUCGGCGUUUGAAGACACCAUCAGCGGACCGACGUGCUUCCUCUUCCAGGGGACGGUCAUGGGCGUGUUGGGUCGCCACGCCUUCAACCGGAUGGGCAAGCUAAAGCUCGCAGGCUGGCUGGCGGACCAGGAGCAGCGCUACCGUCUCGUCAUCUACGUUGUUGACACGGCCGUCAGCUCGGCAUGGACCCAGACGAGUAUCCGACAGGCUGACUGCGUCCUCCUUGUCGGCUUUGGCGAUGACCCGACGAUGGGCGAGUACGAACGGAUGCUGCUUGGCAUCAAGACGACUGCAAGGAAGGAGCUGGUGCUGCUCCAUCCCGAGAGAAGCGUGCCACCGGGAUCAACGCGCGAGUGGCUGAAAUCGAGGCCGUGGAUCAAUGCGCACCACCACGUCGAGCUGCCGGGCAUUGGCAUCGCAGCGAGGAGCAGCAACGCCAUGGGCUCCAAGUCCUUCCUCAGGUACCACCAGCCGGGCGAUCCUUCGGCCGUCAAGGCCCUAAAGAGCCUCAAGAGCAAGCUCGAGGUCAACCUGCUCCAGCGUGUGGCCGGUCAGCGUCAUCUGCUCCUUCAGCGCGUCGUGGGUGGAGACGGCAGCUCCAGCGGUGGUGCCGGCGGUGCCGCUGCUGCGGCUUCGACUGGACCUGGAGGCCGGCGACACCACUUCAGCGACUUUGCGCGCCUUGCCAGAAGGCUCUGUGGCAAGUCCAUUGGCGUCGUCUUGGGCGGUGGAGGAGCCCGGGGAUGUGCCCACGCAGGGUUUCUCCGGUCGCUGGAAGAGAGAGGUAUUCCCGUCGACAUGAUCGGCGGUACCUCGAUCGGAAGCUUGGUCGGUGGCCUGUAUGCAAAGGAAGCCGAGGUCGUGUCGAGCUACGGCCGGGUCAAGAAGUUUGCCGGGCGCACCGCCAGCCUGUGGCGCUUCGUACUCGACCUGACUUACCCCGUGUGCAGCUACACGUCGGGCUUCGAGUUCAACCGUGGCGUAUUCAAGGCCAUCGGUGAAACGCACAUCGAGGACAUGUGGCUGCCCUUUUUCUGCAACACGACCAACAUCACCUGGUCCAGGAUGGAGGUACACACGUCUGGAUAUGCCUGGCGGUACAUCCGCGGCAGCAUGACCCUCGCUGGCCUCAUCCCGCCCCUCGUCGAUGAUGGACACAUGCUCGUGGACGGCGGUUACGUUGACAAUCUGCCGGUCAGCGUCAUGUUUGCCAUGGGCGCUCGAAACGUCUUUGCAGUCGAUGUCGGAUCCAUCGACGACACGUCGCCCAGGAGCUACGGAGACACGCUCUCGGGCUGGUGGGUCGUUCUGAACCGGUGGAAUCCCUGGUCCGACGCCCGCAACAUUCCGAGCAUCACCGACAUUCAGGGCAGGCUGACCUACGUCUCCUCUGUCAAGACGCUCGAAGAGGCAAAGAGGACGCCAGGAUGCCUCUACCUUCGCAUGCCCGUCGAAGGAUACGGGACGAUGGAGUUUGGCAAGUUCAAUGAGAUUGCGCAGAUUGGCUACGAUGCAGCCGAUAGGGCACUGGAAGAAUGGGACAAGGAAAAGCGGCUCCCCGCAGGGUACGACCGUGAUGACGAUGACGACGAGGACAGCCUUGGCCCUGGUGGAAGGAGAGACCGAGGUGGUAAGUACGAUGGAAAGAGGAGGGGUGGUGUCAGCGCCAGGCGCAACAGCAUUUAGAAAGCAUCCUGCAUAUAUUCAGUGUCUUGGGAAAUUCAUACAUUCAUGCCA